AUGUCAAAUCAAAUUGAUAAAUCAAUUACGUUAAAUACGAGAUCUGAUUCAGGAACGAAUUUUGGAUCUGCAAAAUCUUUCUCCGUUUUGAAUGGCAACGGUAAUAGUAACGGUAAAAGACUAUCUUUGACUGGAUUGAUCAAUUUAUCUAUUAAUAUACCAUCUCCACCUAUAAAACUAAAAGCUCUAGCUAGGAAAUUAUCACCUUCUUCUCGAAACCCAUCCUUGUCCAGAAAAUCGAGUCCAGCUUCAACCAUCCUCACGUCUCCUAUUAAUCCUGAAAACCGACAUACCCCUAAACAAUCCUGUACGAUGCCUACGAUUUCGCCAAUCAUCACAUCCGUCACUCAACCUCCUUCUUCAUUCUCUCGACGAAGUCCAUACAUCUCCCGAAAUUCUUCCUGCGCAGACGACCUCACUGCUCUCUCCGAGGUUGACGAAUCAAUCCAACAUGACUCCAUUCACGUCGAUACAUCUAUCAGUCCCAUCACGCCCAAAUCAUGCUCUGGAAUAUGGCUCUGUUCUAGGCCUUCACCAUCCCCAUCUACCAAAGGAGUGGACAGACCUGCCUACACUGCUCCAAGAUCAAGUCGAUCAGUCUCAAGAUGUAAGAAUAAGCCAUUGGUAGUUCGAUCCACGUCUACCGGGAGACUGGCAAGUGAAUUUGACGAGGAUGGAAGGGUCAUGUGUCUAUCAGGUCAUUCCGAUAGGGUUCUCAGACCAGUACCGGAUGCAUCUCGGCCACCAUCACUCACCAGUCAUUCUACUCCAGCAUUGAUAAGGGCUAAAUCAUAUCAAUCUUCUAAAUCAACUCCUACUUCUCCAAUUGAAAAGCCUUCCAUUCAUCCAGUUCGAACCAUAUCUGAGUUUGGAUCUCAGUCCUCAACUGAACGUUUGGUUGCUACUUCCUCUUUACUCUUGACAAGGACGAACUCCUUUGGUAGCUGGAGAAAGAAGGCUUGGCAAGUCGGCAAGAGUGUAAGAGUUUGA